CUUUUCCUGGGGAUUGCCCCUCCCAGCCAGGGUGUCCCUGCCUCUGCAGUCUGACUUCUUAUCAAGGAGAAGGUGGGUGUUUGCUCGCGCACGAGCGGUAUGUAGUGUUUGUUUGUUGACACCAAUGCUUAGCUGGUGAUUUGUCAGCUAGUUGCGAGGUCGAGGAGCAACUUGAACCUUUCAGUGGUCACCUUCACUACUACUUUUAAGAACACCACCAAGAUGAAGCAGACUUCCAUCCCACUGUUGGUGCAAGAUAGUGGAGGUAAUAGACAGCAGCAGCAGCAGCAGCAGUGUUUGGUUGAUAUUGAUGAUGAUAACAACAUGAGGAGGAGGCCACCCUUGAUGCUGGAGAGAGCUAUAUCAGUGCGGGAACGCUGGGAAGAGAUCGGAGUGACUGCAAACACCCACAAAUAUAAGAAUGAGUUGCUGCAGAAGGCUGCAGAAAGUGAAUAUGAAAUAUGUGAACAGCUGCUGCAGAGUGGACAAGAGGAAGUCAAUACAUGUGAUGAGGAAACACAUGAAACUGGCCUCCACAUAGCUGCCAAAAAUGGUCACGUAGCCUUAAUGCAACUAUUUAUAAGUUAUGGUGCAGAUUGCAAUGCCAAGGACAGUUCUGGUAAGUCUCCAUUGCACCUUGCAGCCACUAAGGACUAUUUUCCUUGCUGCCAGGCCCUGUUGGUUCGUCCUGAGCUAGAAGUGAACAUAGUGAAUAGGACAGGAGACACACCACUCCACCAUGCAGCACGUGAUGGCCGUGCACGGGUGUGCCUCACCAUUCUGAACCAUUCAAACGUUAUGAUAGAUGUUCAGAACAAGAGGGGCAUGACACCCCUCCAUCUUGCAGCUCAAGAGGAUCACAGGGCAGUGAUAAGUCUACUCCUAAACAAAGGAGCCAAUUGGAAGCAGCAAGAUAAGUAUUCUUAUCUGCCAAUUCAUUAUGCUGCCUUAAAGGGCUUUCCUGAGUCUUGUGAAGCAAUUCUAUCUUUUUGUAAUAAAAACGAAAGGGAAUCUCAGCUAAAAGCAGGCUUGAGGGACCAGAAAACUCCUCUAAUGUUAGCUGCUAAAGGUGGGCACCAUAAGUGUUGUACCAAAUUGGCUAACUCAAAUAUCAAUGCUCAGGAUAGAGAGGGAAACACUGCCCUCUUUUAUGCUGCUGUUGGAGGAUUUGAGAACACUAUAGCUGAACUUUUGAAAUGUGGAGCAGAUCCUAAUAUUUCUAAUAAAAAAGGUAAUUCUCCUAUACUUGAAGCUGCUGGGAAAAAAAGAGUGAAUUGUUUGCAAAGACUCCUGGAGAAAAAUGCCAGUGUUGCAAUAGUUAACAAGCAAGGGAAGACAGUUCUCCAUCAGGCAUCCUGGAAAAAUGCUCAGGAAUGUCUCCUCAUCCUCCUUGAUAUUCCAGAAGCAAAGAAGCACCUAAACAGUAAAGAUGCAGAGGACUGCACUCCACUACACACUGCCAUCAAACGAGAAGCUGUGGAAUGUGCCAACUACCUACUGGAACAUGGUGCUUCUCCCACAGAAGUGUGUAAGGGAAGAAUGACCCCUCUCCAUUUGGCAGCUGACAAGGGAUACACAAGUGUUUGUGAAAAGCUUCUGGCAAGUCCUUUAGUUCAUGUAAGCCAAGAAAACUGUAAAAAAGCAACACCACUCCACCUGGCAGCUAUGCAUGGCUCAGUAGAUGUGUGUCAAAUGCUUCUACGCAAAGGAGCAAGAGUUACAGCAGUAGAUGAAAAUGGUCGUUCAGCUCUACAUAUUGCCUCAAUCAAGGGACAUGACAGUGUCAUUCGAUUCUUGGCGAAGAAGGGUGUGCCACAGAGAGCAAAGGAUGACACGGGCAACACAGCUCUUCAUUUAGCUGCCUCUGGAGGCUGGCUGGAGAGUUGUCAAGUCCUGGUAAACAGUGCCAAGGCCUUGGUGUCAGAUGCAGACCACAAUGGUAACUUACCUCUGGACACUGCUUUUGAGAAAAAACAUGAUGAUGUGUUCAAGUUCCUUCUCUUACAACUGCCUCUCAAGAAGGAUGAUGAGCGGGCAUUGUGUCUUCAUCAGUACAUGCACAUUGCGCUGAAAGAAAAAAGACUGAUUGCUGUGGAGGCCAUCAUUGACAGUGCUUGGUGGGAAGCAGGCUUCAGUGGGGAGAAUGGCCAUCACUGUCUCAACUUUCAAGUCUUGCUGGAGGAGCGGCCACAUCUGGCUCUCAAGGCCCAGAACAAUUGCAUCCAGCGCAAAGAUUCAGAUGCUCAAGUUACCUAUGACUUCAGAUUCUUUGAGUUUAACUACUAUGUUGAAGGUACAGGCAAAGUGGCGAAGAGUCCCUAUGAUGAAAGUAAUGGGACAGUAGUGAAACAUGCAAAACAGUUCAUUGUUGAUGGUUUGGAGUGGAAACGUAUUCACCCAGUGAGCCUGAUGAUAAAACACCAUCAUACUUACCUGCUGCAUCAUCCCCUCACCAAGGCUUGGCUUGUUGACAAGUGGAAUCUCUACAUAUCCUACAUCUUCCUUGCAUUGCUCUUCAUUGAGCUCCUCUUUGUUGUGUCUCUCACUAUCUUCAUGGCAAAGGUUGAUGACUGGGCUCACAUAGAGAGGAGGUGCAAUAUGACGAGAGACCAGUUUUGCAGCCCCAUCAUCACUGAAGGUGAAAAUACAGAUGUGAUUGAGGCUGGUGCUGAAGUUGGAGGAGUUGGCAAGUGUGAAGCAGUGCCAAGGAAUAUUGCAGGAUGGGUCUUUCUUCUUAGCAUGACUUUCAUCAUUCUCCUGUUGGAGAGCAACUAUAUUUAUCGACUGAAGCGUGAAUACCUCAGCAUGGACAAUUCUAUGAGAAUUGUGGAAGUCCUCUUAACUGUCAUCCUGCUUGUGCCCUUUGGAGGAUGUGAAGUGAAUUGUCAAGUGAUACAUAAGGAGCAGUGGCAGUGUGGCAUCAUAGCACUUCUACUGGCUUGGCUCUUACUGAUCAGCAAGCUCAAUCAACUUCCAGUUAUCUCAGUGUUUGUGCCUAUUACAACAAACUUCAUUAAGAGUUUUGUUAAAGUUCUUUCAUAUAUUCUGUUACUCUUGGGUCUUUUUGCAUUUAUUUUCUACUUGUUGUUGUCCGAGCAGAAUGCAUUCUCAACAAUGCCUCAAGCAAUGGUGAAGACUAUUGUAUGGUUGCUUGGAGACUUGGGUUAUGACGAUACUUUCCUCAAUCCCGACCAUGAACUUGUCUAUCCGGCUACAGCAAAUUUUCUCUUUGUAGUGUUUGUCACAACUAUCAGUGGUUUUAUUGUGAAUCUCUUUGUAACUCAGCCCUCCGAAAAACUUGAAGACUUUAGAAAGCGUACAGCCUUUCACACUGCAGCAUCACAGAGUAGACUUGUGCUCCAGCUAGAUUUGUGUUUCCCUUACUUUCGAAAGCAAAGAACAAGGAUCACUGUCACAAGCACAGAAAGUGAGAAAAGUCAUUCAAAAAUAUUGGCCAAAAUACUUUUAAAAUUUUAUACUACAGAGGAAGAGGAGAAGGUAGCAGAUCCUCUUUUAAAGAAGCUUGAAGAACAGCAUUGUCAAAUAUCUCAAUUGUUAAGCCUUCAUAUGGAGCAAAAGGAAGAGAUAAGAGACCUCAAGCACCAGCUCAAUUAUAUUAUGAGGAAUAUUUCAGGGCAGCGGCCAUUUGAAAAAAUUUGACGACCUUGUAGAUUAAUUUUCAAUGCUUGAUUCUGGAUUUAUCACUUGAUAGUUGCUUUUUAUGAUAAACUGAAAAUGUGGAAUUCCUCACUGGGAAGUUUUUCAAUAUCUUUUGUCACACAACACUCUUCAUUCAGGGAGCACAGGGCAGUUUUGUAGAGAGGGGAGUCUGAAUUGGCAGCUAUUUACAGAUUAUACCUUGUUGCCUGGUGUAUUAGAGAGAUUUGAGACAUCUGGCAGAGGAAGUUAGAGGUGUUUUUAAGGGAGGAAAUUAAGAGUAAGGAAGUAAUAAUAAGGAUGGUAGGUGAAAAUAGAAUAAAUACAACUUUAAAAAUAUGGUGCUGUAAUACUUAUGUCAUAUUACACUAUGGAGUGGAGAGGAAUGGACAAUAUUUAGUUGUAGGGUAUAUAAAAUGAAUGAAGUUUGUUUUACAUGGUGAUUUUAAUUGAAAGACUACAAUAGUAUAACUACAGUGAUAUUGUUUGUCAGUGGAAAUAUUCACAUAGUCACUCCAUUUUUUUCAGUUCUGUGACUUGAGAAUAUCCUUGUGACUCCAGACACAAUUGUUUCAGUGACGGCAGGGAAUCUUUGCAAUUUGAAUAUAUACAGAAUGGGAGAAAGCUGUUAAAUGAAUAGAACACCAUUUUUUUUAUAUUUUGUCAUUAAUUAGUCUCGUAAUAAACAUUUAACUGAUGGUGAUCCUUCAUGUAAGUACACAUCGUCCCAUAUUGAGGUGUAGUGAUUGUUCAAGUAAGCAGCAUUUUUCCCCAACUGUAAUUUCAAAUCAUACCUGGAGUAUGUAUAUGGCAACAUUUCCCAGUGAUACCUUCUAUAGAUAUGAUUACUUUUUUGCUAUCAAGGCAUCAUCUGGCAGCUCCUGUUAGCUCCUGAGACAUGUUGGAAAGAAAAAAUCACCAGCUGGUAGGCUGUUGAGUUUAUUUUUACCAUAUAUCAUUACAUAUUUGAUAUUCAUUGAAUAUUGAUUAUAUGCAUUCAGUGUGUAGAUAAAUGUGGGUGAUGAAGGCUGGCUAGCCUGAUUGUUCUAUUUUUUCUCCCCCCUCACCUUAUCAGAGACAACAGAGAAGGGAAUUUCCUUUCUCCUUUGCUGACUCCUAGAAUUCAUCAUGCAUCAUUUCAUUAUGACGAAUGUACUUGGAUUGUGUUUCAUGAAUAUAGAGUAUUAUGUAAAAUAUUUUUUUCUAUGUGUCAUUAAAA